GAAAGGAAAGGGAGGCGGGAAGUUAUUUGCGCGGGAAAGAAGCUGGGCACCUUUUCGACGAGAUGUGCGAAUUGGAGGGAAAGCCAUAUGUUGUGGUCAAGUUCCCGGAUGAGGAUGAUGGUGACACUGUGGCGGUGGUGCAUCAAAGAUGGAUAAACGGUGAUUGGUGCUAUUGGCCCAACGCAAAAAGUUCGAAGAUGAUAAACAUGCUUACUGAAAGAGGCGCAAACCCUACAAAAGAUUGGAAGCGUGUGCUGUGCAUUCCAAUAGAGUCAUUUCAGUCUUUUGAAAAAGCUCGCAGAAAACUCAAAACAGCUGAAGAUACCUCGGACCUGCAAAGCGAAACAGACCUCGGAAAAGGAAAGAGGAAACGAAAAGCAACACGCAUCAGCGACUCCUCCGAUUCGGAUGUUCCACAAAGGAGAAGGCGACAGCCCAUGCCUCUGGCAGGGUGCAAUGCCAUGGAUGAUGAGGGCUCCUCUGGUCCACCCACUCCACCUCCUGCAGCCACUCUAAGAGCACUCAAGCAAUCCAGUACAACCUUCAGCUCUACACCUGCUUGCCGUAAUGUUGCCAGUAAAACUGUGUCAAAGGAACCUGAGCCUGAAGGUUUCAGGCGACACACCUUGGAAAUUCUACACAUGAUCCGGCUGAGGCUUGAUAACCUGACUGCCCUGAUGGGCACUGUGUUAGAAGCUCUGAACAAGCACAAGGAGGAGGAUGAUGAUGACAACUGCCCCGUUCAGGAGCCACACGCAAGCUACGACAGCUUCAUGGAAUUUGAGUGCCAGCUGCAGGCUAGCGAAGCUAUGAGAAAAAAGCUGGUAAAUUGGUUCGCGGGACUGGGAGGGAAGACUGUGGGAGCCACUACUCGUCGACUGCUGGAAGCUCUAAUGACCCAAAACGUUGCGGUGAAUUUCAGCUGGAAAGGGCAAAAGGGCAAGGCGAAAUUCCAACAGCUGCAGUGUGUUGAGCUCAUAUACCAAGCUGUAAAAAGAAACCCCCGUAUCACAACGACACGUCACGACGUUGAAGAGGUAAUCAAGACGUGGCUACGACACGCGGCGAAGAAGCUCAGGAAGCUUGAGGAAUCUGGUCUCGGCAACAUCCCCUAACUUUUUAUGAGCAUCUAUAUCCAAGUAUAGUGUGCACCUUUUUUAAUUCAUUUUGUUUUUUCAAGCCCAUCUUCAGGUAAUACCUGUUUGACCUGCAGCCACAAGCACACUACUCACCAAGUUUUGUUAGUUUGUCAUUAUCAUU